AUGGAAGGGAGAGCACUCCUCCUGCUUCUCUUCUCGCUCUCUUUCUUACUCUUAUCUCCUCCUUCCCUCGCGAGGCCCGCAAACUUCGCGAGAGAUUUCCGCGUUACUUGGGCCGAAUCCCACAUCAAACAACUCAACAAUGGCACCUCAAUCCAACUCAUACUUGAUCAAUCCUCAGGUCUCUCUCUCGAUCUCUCUCUCGAUCUCUCCAUCUAUCUAUCUUGAUAAAACUUGUUAUCUUUGUAAAGGUUGCGGAAUCGCUUCGAAGAACAAGUUCAUGUUUGGGCAUGUUAGCAUGAAGAUCAAGCUCAUUUCGGGAGAUUCCGCUGGGACCGUGACAGCAUUUUACUUGAGCUCAGAGACGGACACGAUACGAGAUGAGCUCGACUUUGAGUUUCUAGGGAACCGGUCUGGUCAACCGUACACGGUUCAAACGAAUGUAUACGCCCACGGGAAAGGAGACAGAGAGCAAAGGGUGAAUCUCUGGUUCGACCCUUCGGCCGAUUAUCAUACAUACUCAAUCCUCUGGAACCACCAUCACGUUGUGUUCUUUGUUGAUGCAGUCCCGGUGAGAGUGUACAAGAACAAUGAACAAAAAGGUGUGCCGUACCCGAACAGCCAACCCAUGGGCAUCUACUCGACUGUAUGGAAUGCAGAUGAUUGGGCCACACGAGGAGGCUUAGAAAAGAUAGAUUGGAGCAAAGCACCAUUCUAUGCUUAUUACAAGGACUUUGACAUUGAGGCUUGUGAAGAAGCCAUUCCGAGUUGGCUCAGCAGCUGCAGCAAAACCUCCAGUAACUGGUGGGACACACCAUCUUACCAGCAACUCGACCCGGUCCAAAACCGACUCUACCGUUGGGUCCGGCUGAACCACAUGGUCUACGAUUACUGCACCGACCGGUCCCGGUUCGCCGUCCAACCCCCCGAAUGUUUAGCUGGAAUUUGAGACAUAGUUUGAUUGCAUUACUAAUGCAUGGUAUUAUUGAUGCAGGGUUUGGAUAUAUAUCUAUAUAUAUAUAUAUAUAUAUAUAUAUAUAUAUAUAUAUAUAUAUAGUUGUGGUGUUUAUAU